AUGGGUCGAGCCCCGUGCUGCAACGGGGAGCAUGCCGGCCUGAAGAAGGGGCCCUGGACUCACGAAGAGGAUGAGAAGCUCAAAGCCUUUGUCCUCGCCCACCCCAGUACAAGCUGGCGCUUGGUUCCCCAGAAAGCUGGUUCGUAUUCUCGCCGCUGGAAAUCUUAGGAUCCAUCGGAAAUGUCUUGUUCUGCAGCUUUCAGAUCUCUAUUUUCCCCGUUGGAAGCGCACCUGUGGAUCCGUCUUGGUAUGAAGAGGGUGAUCGACUGUUCUUGCAGGGUUGAUCAGAUGCGGAAAAUCAUGCAGGCUGCGCUGGAUGAACUAUCUCCGGCCGGAUAUAAGGAGAGGUAACUUCAGCCCGGAGGAGGAGGAGCUGAUCAUCCAGCUCCAUUCUGCAGUCGGCAACAAGUAAUUAACUCAUCUCUUCCCACGCUGAAAUUUUUGAUAGAAACAGAAAUAGAACGAGUAGAGUACCCAUGGGCAUUCGUCUUCUCCAUUCCUCUCAUGUAAAUUGAGUCCAGAAGGAAACCCAGAUAGUGAUUAGGGCAGAAGGAGUCAUCCUGUAUGAACUGCAGAACUUACUCUUACCCUUUGUAAAAAAAAUUGGAUGCGAGCUGCCAUCCGUGGUAGGGCUGUCACCAGGAGUCAGUGGGUAGAUGAACUACCAUGAAAACACGUUCAAACAUGACGCUUCGUAGAACAUGAUUGCGAUUAUACGAAAGGUUUCCUUCAUUGUUUUCGUCAGUUUACAGCUGGACUAAAGUGAAGGAUGAUGUGACUUAGACAUCAUCGGUUCCCCAUCAGUCUGUUAUCAUCUCUGUCUACUUCUCCUUCAUCACUGACUUUUACGCCAGAGGAGGUUGACCUUUAGUAUUUUUUUUCUCCAUCACGGAUUUUUAAUCGGAAAUUGGAGCCCAAAACCAACUUCGAUUGCAAUAUUCAGACUACUACGAUUGAAAAUUUCGUGCUUUACUCGACAGCAAUCAUGGAAUGGAGUUCAAAUUUCAUCUCGGUUCACCAGAUACAGACUAGUCAAAGAUGGGAAAGGCUCGCACGGACGUCUUGCGACCCAUCGCCUCAAGGCGUUAGUUGACCUAAGAUGAGCCCUCCCCCCCACCUAACAAGCUCCCCCAGAUGAAGCAUUCUGUCUUCUGCCGCUGGGUUUCCUCUCUCUCUCUCUCUCUCUCUCUCUCUCUCUCCGUAUGUCGAUGUAGAUAGAUAUAUCCACAUGCAGAAAUGCCAAAGGCUUAAAGAUUAGAGGAUAGGGAACUUAUUUCGAAUUAAAUCUAGAACACGAAUGGGUGUUCGUGGUAUUUGAUGUAUGAAGUUAUGUCGAGUUCUCGGUAGGUUUGCAUCGUGACCAUUCCUCUACGUGAUCUCAGGUGGUCGGUUAUCGCGUCCCAGCUGCCAGGUAGAACAGACAAUGAGAUCAAGAACUUGUGGAACACGAAGCUGAGGAAGAUGCUGGUGCUCAAGGGGAUCAAUCCGAUGACCCACCAGCCCCUGUGCAAUCCUCUCCUCUCCGACUACGUCAAGCAGUGCCUCAGAUCCAUAGAACACAUGCUCAUCUCCCGGUUUGUGGGUCCGCCGCCGCUCGCCGGCGGCGACGGCGAUGCCCACCACAGCGGCUCCCCUCUUGGCGACUUCCCUCUCCCUCCUCCUUCAUCCCUCCCCUCCCUUCCAUCCGCCGGCGACGACGGCGCCGAUCACCGGUCGCAUCUUCAGAGCUCAAACGCCGGCAGCGGCGGCUCCACGUUCGAUCAAACCUCUCCUGGCUGCGAUAAUUUCCCCGUGGAUCUGUUGCUCGGGGACGACUCCUUCCUCCCCAUGAACACUAGUUAUCUGAGUGAGGUCCUGGCCGGUGCAGGCAGCCAAUUCGGCCAGCGGGAGGCGCCUGAAGACUUUGUAGGCCAGAGCUUUUGGAGCUGA